AUGAACAUCCUUUCUCUACUUCUAUUAACAGAGAUUGAGAACUCUUCUUCAACUCAGAAGAUUUCAAUAGUUCAGUUGGAUAAACAAGCUCUUUCUUGGGAAGUAUGCUUUAAGAGUAUUGGAUUUCAGCAACAGUUGCUCAGUCAAUAUCAAGCUGGCAUUAGGUGUAAAAUGGCAUUAGGUGUAAAAUGGUCAUUUGGUCUUUUAAUG